GCUGAAGCCGUAUUUAGAGAGACCUUGUUCACCCAUUUAUUAGUGUCUACACCAGUCACUACCAGUCAUUUCCAGUCUCUCAGCGCACACAGCAUGUUGGCUGCAGUCAGAACGUUCUGUCGACUAACUUCUAGACCUUCUACUCUAUGCUCUUUUAAUCGACAUUUCUCAGCGUCAACAUCUCUCAUGUCAGUCAAGUUCUUCGAGUCUGCUGAUGAUGCUGUGUGUGAUGUGGGUGAUGGUGCGAGUGUGAUGGUCGGCGGGUUCGGUGUGUGUGGGAUACCGGAGAAUCUCAUUGCUGCCUUGUCUCGUCGCGGAGCGAGGGAUUUGUCGGUGAUAACGAGUAAUGCGGGUACUGAUCAUGCCGGUGUGGGCGUGCUGGCUGCUGGAAGACAAAUCAGCUAUAUGACCGUAUCGUAUGUGGGAGAAAGCCCACAGGUUGAGCACCAAUUUCUCCACGGAGAACUGGAAGUUGAACUGACACCACAAGGAACUCUAGCCGAGAGAAUCAGAGCAGCGGGUGCAGGCAUCCCAGCAUUCUACACUCCAACUGCAUACGGAACUCUAGUUCAUCGCGGUGGAGAGCCAAUGAUACACGACAGCCAUGGCAAAGUCAUAAAAGCAAGCAGAGGAAGAGAGUCACGUAUAUUUAACGGUAGACAUUACGUCAUGGAAGAGGCAAUUCACGCAGACUUUGCCCUCAUUAAAGGCUGGAAGGCUGACACAGUAGGCAACGUGAUAUUUCGUCGAUCGGCUAAGAACUUCAACGAUCCAAUGGCUCGUGCGGCACGUGUCACCAUCGCAGAGGUGGAAGAGAUCGUCGAAGCCGGAGAGAUCAGACCCGAAGACGUCCACGUUCCCAACAUAUACGUACAGAGAGUAUACAAAGGUACCAAAUUUGAAAAACCAAUUGAGAGACGUACAGUUAAAGGACACGAAGUGGAAAGCGAUCUCGAUCCAGUCAAAGAGAGAAUUGCCCGACGAGCAGCACUCGAAUUUAAAGAAGGCAUGUAUGCUAAUCUCGGGAUCGGCAUUCCAACCCACGCAACCAACUACAUUCCGAAAGGGAUGAGAGUUUUCCUACACAGUGAGAAUGGAUUACUAGGUCUGGGGCCUUUCCCUGAAGAGAAAGACAUCGAUCCCGAUCUCAUAAAUGCCGGUAAGGAGACGGUGACCGUCAUUCCUGGCGGCUCGUUCUUUGGAAGCGACGAGUCGUUUGCGAUGAUCCGAGGUGGACACAUUCAGUUAUCGAUUCUAGGAGCAAUGCAGGUGUCACAGAGUGGCGAUCUAGCCAACUGGAUGAUUCCGGGGAAAAUGGUGAAGGGAAUGGGCGGCGCGAUGGACCUGGUGGCGAGUCACAGCAAGCAUACGAAGGUCAUUGUCACGAUGCAGCACACCGCGAAAGGCAAGCACAAAAUCGUGCGUGAGUGUUCACUGCCGAUCACGGGCAAGAUGUGCGUCGACGAAAUAAUCACCGAGCUGUGUGUGUUCCAAGUCGAUUCCCACAAGGGUCUCAUGCUGACAGAAUUAUUCGACGGCGUGACCAUCGACGACAUCAAGGAACAAACCGGAUGCGCAUUCAACGUCUCGCCCGACUUGAAACCGAUGCAACUCAUCGACAUUCCUCACUAGUGCUAAUUAAUGGACGAGUCAAUAUAUAUCAAUCAAUCAAUUGGAUGAUGACCUAAGAACAAUGUUGAUUAGAAAACAUUUUACCGAGUGCUCUUCGAUACUCGGCAUCUCUCUCUCUCUGUUUUGACUCUAGCAAUACCAUCUGCUCUUUUAUAGCUCUAUUAUUCGGUUCAAUAGACAAAGCCAGUCUGAA